AUGGGAGUCGUUAUUGAGAGUUCCGUUUGGGAACUGAAUCCAGCAAUUUUCCUCUUCCUCUCCGUCUGUUGCUGCUUCUCGAUCUUUCUUUAUCCUCAUCUCUCCAAUCUCAACAGAACCUCCACAAUCUUCGACCAUGGAAUCUCUUCAUCGUUUACGACUUUCCAGCGGAACUUCCUCUUCAUCUAUUCCAUCGCUUCAGUUGUGGAAGGUCUAUGGUCAGUGUUUGGGGAGUUCGAGUUAGCCUCGUAUGGAAUUCGCAGGGAGGAGAUGAUCAUGUCUCUCUGUUACGGUUAUACAACUUCUCUUUUCGCUGCUCCGUUCCUUGGCAUGCUCUCAGAUUUGAUAGGUCACAAGAAAGUUUGUUUGACAUAUUGCAUCCUACACUUCUUUGUUGGUGUAUGGAAGAAGAUUACGCAACAACCAAGCAUUUUCAUGACUAGCAUUUGUCUCUCUAUGGCCAAUACAAUAUUCUCAUUCAGUUUCGAAACUUGGAUGGUCACUCAACAUGAGAAGCAAGGACACAGGCUUGAUUCACUUAAUGACACAUAUUGGUUAAUGACUUUCUUUGAGUCUGCAUGCUUUAUUGCCAGCCAAAUGUUUGCAAAUGGGCUGAUUGGUAAUAAUAUGGUGAAAAACACUGCUCCUUCCUCUGCAGUCAUCUUAUUAGCAAUCAUAUGCUUCAUUUUUCUCACUAGAGGGUGGACAGAAACUCCAGGAGCAACUUCUUUUAAGGAGUAUAGUCUGUCCUUCUAUGCAUAUAUUUUUGGUGAUAAAAAGAUGUGGCUGUUGACAGUGGCACAAGCUUGCCUUCACUUCUCCAUUGGAAUUUUGUGGAUCCUUUGGGCACCAACAGUGGUGGCUGAUGGCCGAGAAGUGCAACUAGGACUGAUAUAUCCAUGCUUUUUGGGCUCAAGGAUGCUAGGAAGCACUGUGUUUCCUUGUCUUACUAGUGGACCAUCAUCAUUUAGAAUUGAGGACUGCCUAGUAUAUGCAUACAUCACAUUGGCUGCUCUCUUGUCUAUUGUUGCAUAUGACUAUCAGGAAAUUGGAGUUCUGGUGACACUUUUUAGCCUAUUUCAUGCUUGUGUUGGCUUCAUCUUACCAUCACUUGCUCGAUUGAGGACGAUGCAUGUACCUAAUGAAUUGCGUGGAGGGAUGAUGGGAUUCUCUCUGGCCCCUGCAAAUGCUGCAAUUCUGCUAUCUGUGGUGCAAGGUGGCUAUUAUCGAAAUGUUGGAAAUGCAGCUUUAAUGGCGUUUGGUGUGUUUGGUUUGCUGUUAGCAGCUGGAUGCAUGCAUGCCCUGAAGCAAUGCGGGAAGCAACCAUAUAACAACUGGCAUAAACAGUGA